AUGGUCUCGACCACAACAAUUUUUGUUUAUCUCAUACUCGGUCAUUACUACGAGCAUGUCGGUCUGAUGGUCAGUUUGGAGCGUAAAGGCUUGUUGGCCAAAGGUGAAUACUUUGUUGUUGGCAUCGACAUCGAGCAAUAUGACCCAGCAAAUCCGGAUAAGUACCUGCGCGGUUUGCUCUUGGAGAAAAUCGACUUAAGCGCCGAAGUGGCUUUCCAAUCCUACGUGGGGAUUUUUCCAACGGCGCCAGUCUCAUUCGCUAAAUUUGCCAAAGAAGUCAACAAAUAUAUGGAGUUGCCGCCAUUCAAUUUCCCCAAUCCUUUAGGCUAUUUUGGCGGCGCAAAGCAGAUCAGCGCCGAGGCUGCGUACCUCUAUGAUGCCGUUCAUUUGUAUGCAAAUGCGCUAAUAAAAGUUUUGGAAGCAGGUGGCAAGCCCAAAAAUGGCACGGCACUCAUUGCGGCCAUAAAAGGUUCCAAAUACCUGAGCGCCAUGGGCUAUCAUGUGUACAUCGAUGAGAAUGGUGAUGCCGCUGGCAAUUAUACAGUAUUAGCGCGUGGCUAUGCGCGCAAUAGCAGAAAUAUGACGGUUCCUGGCCUGGUGCCGGUGGGGACAUUUAGUCAGACACAAAGUGAUAAAUUACCUGAUCUCAAUUUAUACGGUAAAAUCCAUUGGGUGAGCGCGAACGGGCGGCCGGCGGCGGAGCCGAAAUGUGGUUUUGCGGGCGAGAAAUGCAUCAGUUAUACGGGUGAGAUAUCGGCGAGCAUUGCCGGCGGCGCGCUGGUGCUGCUCGGGAUUAUCUCGUUGGUGUUGUAUCGCAAUUGGCGCUACGAGCAGGAGUUGGAUAGUUUGUUGUGGAAAAUUGAUUUUCGCGAAGUGCAAAUGCACGAAAGCGAGAAGGAGCAGUCUAGUCAAAAGCAAACAAGGUCUACUCACCCGCUUAUACGCACCAGCCAAGUAAGCCUGAGCUCAAAUCCGGAUGCUGAUUUCCGUUACACGACAAUAUUUACGCCUAUAGGCCUAUAUAAAAAUCAACUAUAUGCAAUUAAGAAAGUUCGAAAGAAAUCCGUGGAUAUAACUCGGGAAAUGAAGAAGGAACUUAAAUUGCUUCGCGAUACACGUCACGACAAUAUAUGCGCCUUUAUUGGUGCCUGCACGGAUCCACCAAACAUUUGCAUCAUCACGGAGUACUGCACGAGGGGCAGCUUGAAGGAUAUAUUGGAGAAUGAGGACGUCAAGCUGGACAAUAUGUUUAUCGCUUCAAUGGUCGCCGACAUCAUACGCGGUGUCAUCUACUUACACGAAUCGCCCAUUCGCUUUCACGGUUCGUUAUGCACCUCCAACUGCCUGGUCGACUCACGCUGGGUGGUUAAACUGACCGAUUUCGGGCUGUUCGCCUUCAAGAAGGGCAUGGAGGACAAUUCAACGGAGGUGCCGAACAUGACGGUUAAAUGUACAAAGUUGCUCUAUCGCGCGCCCGAACUAUUGCGUCUCGGUGCGGCAUCGCUCGUGCAAGGCACACAAAAAGGCGACUCGUAUUCCUUCGGCAUUGUGCUCUAUGAGAUUCAUGUACGACACGGUCCAUUCGGCGAGACCGGUCUUACCCCCAUGCAAUGUCUGCAGAAAGUUCUCCAGCCGCAAGAUCAUCUAUAUCCCUAUCGUCCCUCGUUGCAACCGCUGGAAACCUCCUUCGAUUGUGUACGUGAAAUUUUGCGAGAAUGUUGGUCUGAAAGACCAGAAGAACGGCCCGACUUUAAAACGAUACGUGCCAAAUUGCGUCCACUACGUAAAGGUAUGAAACCAAAUAUUUUCGACAAUAUGAUGGCUAUGAUGGAGAAGUAUGCCAAUAACUUGGAGGCGCUUGUGGAUGAGCGCACUGAUCAACUGCAAGAAGAAAAGAAGAAGACUGACGCAUUGUUGCUAGAAAUGUUGCCACGACCCGUAGCGGAACAGUUAAAGAAAGGCAAUAAAGUAGAUCCGGAGAAUUAUGAGCAAGUGUCUAUAUAUUUCAGUGAUAUUGUGGGCUUUACGGCGAUGUCGGCGGAGAGCACGCCAUUGCAGGUGGUAGACUUUCUGAAUGAUUUAUAUACCUGCUUUGAUUCCAUCAUCGGACACUAUGAUGUCUACAAGGUCGAGACGAUUGGAGAUGCAUAUAUGGUGGUCUCAGGUCUACCGAUCCGCAAUGGCGAUCUGCACGCCGCCGAAAUCGCUUCGAUGUCCCUCCACCUGCUCAGCGCAGUUUCGGAGUUUAAAAUCCGGCAUCGACCCACCAACAAACUGCUACUACGCAUAGGCAUACACACGGGGCCGGUGUGCGCCGGCGUGGUGGGUUUGAAAAUGCCACGUUACUGCCUCUUCGGCGAUACGGUAAACACCGCCUCACGCAUGGAAUCGAGCGGUGUGCCGCUUAAAAUACACUGCAGUCAGCAGUGUCGUGAAUUAUUGGAGAAAUUAGGUGGCUACCACUAUCAGGAGCGUGGUCUCAUAUCGAUGAAAGGUAAAGGUGAUCAACGCACCUAUUGGCUGCUCGGCGAGGAUGAGGAUGCGCGCAACAAGCGCAACUACGAGCGUUCCCAGCGACGCGGUUCACGUGCUCUCAACAAAUUCAUACAGGGCACCAUUAAGCAGAACAACCAGCAGCAGAUUACCUCUGCUGUGGUGGAUUAUGGCAUACGUUCGUCGUUGAAGAAUAAGGGUAUGCCGCGCAAUUCGCUGACACGUUCCUCCAGCCUCGAGUCGCCGAAGAAGCUGCGCUUCGCCACCGGCAGUCUGCUCGAGCAUCAUCGCUAUCAUAGCGAUGAGGCGCUCUUGGAGGUCAUCACGGACUCCUACACCGGCGUGCGUCGCUCUUCCGGCGCUUCGACGCAUUCGCGCUACGAGGAGUCGACACUGUCCUGCGGCAGCAAUGAAGAGCUCACCAGUUGGCAGCGUCAGCGUCGACCCUCAUCGUACCCCACAGCCAAUACACCCCUGCUGCUCAAUCACGUGGAGACCUGACAGUGCGUGCCAGAGGAGUAAGUCGGUGUUGCUAUCUUAACGGCAGCGUGUGAAAAAUCAAAUACAGGAAUUUAGUAGACUAUUUUGACAAUUACUUAGUGUAUUCGAACGAAAAGUUAACAAAAAGUAGUUAAUUAUUUUAAUUUUCUCGCAUUUCACUGCAGCAAAAAUUUGCUGAAAGAAUGUAAAAUUAAUUUUAAUUAGUGAUUUUAGUACUAAUAUUUGUGUAUGUUUGUAUGCAUUGUACUUAGAAGACUAGGCUGAAAGCUAAGCAGUUUCGAAAACUAAACGCUUCCGCUGUGUCAAAUGAAUUUAAAUUAGUUUUAAAUUGUUUUUGAUAAACAUUUUAGUUUACUGAUAAAGAUAUAUGGGCUAUAGUAUAAUAUAUAAAUAAUAUAAUAUUAAUGAUGUUUUAAAUUUCAAAGAAAAGGUUACAAUAAUGUUGCAUGUUGGUGAUUGCCAAGUUCUAGUCGUUCAUUAAGUGUAAAAGUUGGAUGUAAUUAAAUUAAUGUUAAGCAAAUAAAAGUGUAGUAAAAGAAUUAGAAA